AUGCGGCGUCGCGCGGCAGGUGAGUUUGCGGUGCGUCCACUCCCUCUCGCCCAACCUCUCCCACUCACCACUCUGCCCCUCCCUGCCCUCCGCGCGCAGGCAUGCAGCGCGCAGCGCGGAGCGGCGCGGCCGGGGUCGAUCCUGGCGGGGUUCGAGUAUCCGGAGCACGUGUGCGGGGUGGCGUGGCGCGACGAGUACGUGCAGCUGCACGCGCGCAUCAGAGCCGCCAGCCGCGACGCGUGGAACGCGCGAAAGCCACCAGGUAGCGUGGGGCGGUGGGGCGGAGCACGUGACGAUGCGGCCUGCCGCCACAUCGCGCAGGCGCCUGGCGGACCACUAUCCCCCGACGACGGCAGGCCCGCGGAGCCUGCAGCAGCGGACGACUCUUCAGCAGCUGACGCGCCGGCAGUGCGCUUUCUGACGUACGGCACGUGCGGGGGGAUCGGCGACUACCUGAUCGGGCUGGUGUCCAUCUUCCCCGCCGCGCUGCUGGACCGCCGCGCGCUGCUGGUGGCGCAGCCGUGCAUGCACGCCGCAUUCCACUCUCCGCAUAUCGACACGGCGCUCUCCCCCGACGUGCCCAUGGGGGGCCGCCCGCUGCUGCGCGCCACGCCCCUGGACGCCCUCAAGCCCGCGAGGGACGGCGCCGGCAACGGCGCGGGCGCGGGCGGCAGCAACGGCGACGGCGGGGGUGGCGGUAGCAGCGAGCAGCGCGUGGAGUGGCAUGCACCGCCGUGCGAGCGGCUGGAGGGGAACCUGAGCGCGGAGGUAAAGGACAGCAGCGCAGUGCCGUGUUUCAACAUGGUGGGGCAGAGCUUUGGCAUCCAGGACCUGCAGCGCCACAGCGCACUGAGCAACUACCGCAUGCGGUAUAAUCACGGGCUGCUCAUCACCACGUUGUUGCUGGACGAGGGGCCGUGGGCUGCCGCGCUGAGGCGGCUGGGGUUCAAGAUCGCGUAUGGGUUCGGAUGCAUUCUCAGAUUCCUCUUCAGUCCGCGGCCCGAGGUGUGGCAGCUGGUGGCGGGGAUAGAGGAGCAAGUGUGGGGGGAGGGCGUGGUGCGGGUGGCGGUGCACCUGCGCGUGCCGGACCAGACGGUGUGGCACUUCGAGGGCACGCCUGUAGAGACAUCGCAGCAGCAGCUGGAGGAGCUCCUCGCCGAGGCUAACAGCACGCUGCAGUGCGCUCAGACGGUGGAGGAUUUCUGGUACCCGCCUCCCCUGCAGGUGAAGUGGAUUCUCAUCACCAACUCGCACCCGCUCAAGCAAGCGCUUAAAGCCAAGUACCCAGAUAAGGUAUGCCCCCCCUCAUGCUCCUCUCUGUCCCUUCCCACCCCCGCCCACUCUCAUGCUCCUCUCUGUCCCUACCCACCCCCUUCAUCUGCCUCCCUCAUUCUCCUUCCUCUCAUCCCCGUCUCUCACUUCCCUCUCUUCCUCUUGCCUUGCCACAUCCCUCCUCUUGACCUCAUGUGA